AUGGUGAGGAGGAGCCGAAGAAGGAGGCUACAGAGAUUCACCAGGCUGUGCGGUCGGGAGGAGGGGCUCAGGGUAAAGCGGAGCUGCCCCCCAUGUGGACCAGAGCCUGGGAGUGGUGGGAAGAAGGGCAGAGGGAACCCUGUGUCUGUUCAGCUGUUCCCCCCUGAGCUGGUGGAACACAUUAUCUCAUUCCUCCCAGUUCGGGAUAUUGUUGCCCUGGGUCAGACCUGCCGCUACUUCCAGGAAGUAUGUGAUGCUGAGGGUGUGUGGAGGAGAAUCUGUCGCCGGCUCAGCCCCAGACUCCGAGAGCAGGGUGCUGGUGCCCGGCCCUGGAAAAGAGCUGCUAUCCUAAACUACACCAAAGGCCUAUACUUCCAGGCGUUUGGGGGCCGCCGACGCUGCCUCAGUAAGAGUGUGGCCCCCCUGCUUGCUCAUGGAUACCGACGCUUUCUGCCAACCAAGGACCACGUCUUCAUUCUUGAUUAUGCUGGGACUCUCUUCUUCCUCAAGAAUGCACUGGUGUCUUCCACUCUUGGCCAGAUCCAAUGGAAGCGGGCAUGCCGCUAUGUUGUGCUGUGCCGGGGAGCCAAGGAUUUUGCCUCAGACCCACGAAGUGACACUGUCUAUCGGAAAUACCUGUAUGUGUUGGCCACACGGGAACAGCCAGGAGGGGUGGGGGGGCCUGGUGGACGGGCCUGCGACUGUGUGGAGGUUUAUCUGCAGUCCAGUGGGCAGCGUGUCUUCAAAAUGACAUUCCACCAUUCCAUGCGCUUCAAGCAAAUUGUGCUGGUUGGUCAGGAGACUCAGCGGGCUCUGUUACUGCUUACGGAGGAAGGAAAGAUUUACUCCCUGGUGGUGAAUGAAACACAGCUAGACCAGCCUCGGUCAUACACUGUGCAACUGGCACUGAGGAAGGUGUCUCGAUGUCUGCCCCAUCUCCGAGUGGCCCGAAUGGCCUCCAAUCAAAGCAGCACUCUCUACAUCACGGACCAGGGGGGAGUGUAUUUUGAGGUACAUACUCCUGGAGUAUAUCGUGAUCUCUUUGGGACCCUUCAUGCCUUUGAUCCUCUGGACCAGCAGAUGCCACUUGCCCUUUCAUUACCUGCUAAGAUACUAUUCUGUGCUCUUGGCUACAAUCACCUUGGUCUGGUGGAUGAAUUUGGACGAAUCUUCAUGCAGGGAAACAACCGUUAUGGGCAGCUGGGGACAGGGGACAAGAUGGACCGUGGGGAACCCACUCAGGUACAUUACCUGCAGCGCCCCAUUGCCCUCUGGUGUGGCCUGAAUCACUCCCUCGUGUUGAGCCAGAGCUCGGAUUUCAGCAAGGAGCUGCUGGGCUGUGGCUGUGGAGCUGGUGGUCGGCUCCCUGGCUGGCCCAAGGGGAGUGCCUCCUUUGUCAAACUCCAUGUCAAGGUCCCUCUUUGUGCCUGCUCCCUUUGCUCCACGAGAGAAUGCCUCUACAUGCUGUCCAGCCAUGACAUUGAACGCCGUCCUGCUUACCGGGACCUACCAGCCAGCAGGGCCACAGGGACUUCAGAGGCCAGUGUGGGGACUGGGACAACCCAGGAUCCUGGGGGGGCAGCCCGAGCCUGUGAGGAGUAUCUGAGCCAGAUUCACAACUGCCCUACCCUGCAGGACCGCAUGGAGAAGAUGAAGGAGAUCGUGGGUUGGAUGCCUCUGCUUGCUGCACAGAAGGAUUUCUUCUGGGAAGCAUUGGAUAUGCUGCAGAGGGCUGCUGGGGGAGGUGGCCCAGGACCCACACCCCCUGAAAGCUGACCCCCCUCAUUCCCCCAAAAGGAUGGGGAAAGACUGGCCAGGGGCCAGGACACAGGAGAGCUGAAGCGUGUACUAUAUAUAUGUGAGAGAUUUGGGGAUGGGGGGAGGGAACAGGAGACACGCACUGGGACAGGGGUUUUGUAAAAUGGUGGGGGGACUUCCCAGGAGGGGCCCCCUACCAGGGCAUCAUGGACAAAAGAAAUUUGACGGAUGGAUACAAUAAAAGAAGCUGC